CAAGCCAAAGAAGGAGGGCGAUUUGGGCUUAAUGGAUUCGACAAGAUCAUGACAUGCUUCAAGAGCUUUGGAGCAUCCUCGGGCUAGCAGGAUAGUAAACCCAAGUCAUUGGCAUACAGUUAUGCAAACACUACCACCGCAGAGGCAAAUGCUGAGCGAAGAGCUUGGGAUCAUGGAGACCACUAACUUGGGGCGCUAUUUAGGAGUGCAAGUCAUCCAUGACCAGGAAUCCAAACCCACCUUUAGUGACCUGAUUGAUCGUAUUCAUACUCGUCUUGCAAGGUGGAAAGUUGAGACGCUAUCGCUGGCUACACGAAUUACAUUUUCGCAGUCGGUCCUUUCUUCUCUUCCGGGUUACAACUGCAGACAAAUUUCCUACCAACCAGCGUUCAGUAGUAUAAUGACAAUCAAACCCGAAUGAGCAAAAUAUUGGAUUGAAUCUUUUCGGUUCUCGGUCCAUCGAACAAAAAAUAAAAGAUUUGGGCUUUCGUUUGGGGUAGCACGGAGCAGGGAUGAAAAUCCACUAGGUUGACUCCGAAACAGUAUGCAGGCCAAAGAAGACGAGCGGUUUGGGCUCAAUGGAUUCGACGAGAAUGAACGAAGCUUAUAUGUUCAAGAUAGCAUGGCGACCUCUUGUCAAACUGGACGAGCUCUGGCAAGGGCUAUGUGGGCAAAGUAUGGCCAGCAACUAAAUGGAGGUUGGGGGAUACAAGACUCGAGGUUCUUAUCAAACCUCUGGAGAGGUGUCUUGAGAUCUAACCACCGCCUUGAUAAUACAUCGCAUGGAAUAUGCAAAAUGGAAGAGUGGUUCGACCUUUUAUAUAUCUUUAAGUAGUAAUUCCACGUACUAUUGCACUACAACAAUUUUGGUCAGUUUUGACAAGCAAAGUUUGUCAAUAUUAUGUAUAAUAUUUUUCAUAUCAUGUAUACUGUGGAAAAAAACAAUUCAUAACGUUUGUCGUGACUACCUUGUCAAAAUAUGUUUAUUACCAUAAAGCAAAACGAUUUGUCAUAACUUCGUGAGAGAUAUUAUGACGAUUAUACUUUAGCUAAAACAUAUUGUGCAUUAUGAUAAAGUAUUUUUCAAAUCAUCAUAAGGGGGUCAUGAACGAUGGUGAUUGGUUUAUUUACGCCUUUCUGAGUCAUCGCCUGAGGGAGUGGAUUCAGUUGCCCUAAUUGCCUAAUCCAGUAGUUCGGUAUGACUCUCCGAUUAGGGAAAUUAGGCGGGCUAGGACAACUCGAAUAGGGAACUCCUAGCUAGCUUUGCUCUCCUAACAGUAUAUAUAAUAUGCAAAUCAUGCUAAAGUAUCACAUUGUUGAAUCAGCACGGGACUAGGGGGUAAUCAUCCGAGUGAAGCUUUCUCCCUUGAAUUCAACCUUGUUUUAGUUUCUUGUUUAUUUAGUUCAAUAGUUUAAAACAACGUUUCUAUUGCUAGAUAAAUUGUGGUUUGCUGAAGUAAGUAUACAUAGACCGCCCAGGUUUGAUAAUUCGACAAAUACUUGCUCUAUACCUCCCCGAUUGAAGGGUCCACUUGACCUUCAACUGAGAGUGUAGCUAGAACCGAGUCAAUCGUUGGUCAAUUAGCCUAACGGUUAGAUCGAUUAACGAGGCACGCACAACCUAGCAUCCCACAUUACCUAUAAAUAUCAUACCCCAACCCUUAUGUAGGUAACAAAUAUUCAAACUUCUAUAAGUAUGUCUCUCUAGCUUUCUAGGUUUUGCCCAACUAAUUUAAUCAUUAAAGGGCAAAACCAGGCUUCCAAAUGUGAUCUUUUAAGCUUUUCUGAAGGUUGGAAGACUGACGAUCAUCGGAAAAAAUCUCAACUCACCCAUCUUUUCCUAAGGAUUUGCUUAUUUGGCACUGAACCUAAAUUCAUUACUCUAUCUCUGAGUCGCAAAUCUCGUCCAAUCCAAAGAUCUUGCGCGAAAUCGUGACAACACAAGUAUGUAUAUUUCAUUUUCAUGUGCUAUAAUAAAUACAUUCGGUAUAUUGUAUAAAUGUUUCAACUAUGUUAUGUGAAUGUUGUGAUCCUGCAUAGAAAAUAUCUCGGAAAGCGGCCCAAAAAUAUACAGAAUUUUGUCAGUUAGAUUGAAAAUGGUUUAGGAAUUUGUUGACAAAAAAAAAAAUUAAAAUUACUAGAUGGAAAUAAAGAGGAAAAAGAAAAGAACUUGAUAGAAGGUGCUCAAAGAAAGGCUACGAACGAAUACAAGCAACGUAGCCAAAUUCAGGAGCCAACCUGGUUUCGGAAUCAAAAUGUUGCUUUCAGAAAUGACAAAAUAUUGUUUUCACCUGUUUUCAACAUCUGUUUUCUAAAAAAAGUAAACAGAAAUGAAAGUAAACAAGUAGUAAUUCUUUUCCAAUUUUGAUGGAGACUUUCAAAAGAUAAUUCUGGUUCUGGCUGGUCAAACUCUGUCGAAAAGUCACAAACAAAAUACUCCACUGCCGUAUCGUUUAUUAUUACUGUUUCAUAGUGAAAGCAGUGGCGUAUAGGUUUAUUGUUUAUGCUGAAUUCCCUUUAUUUCUUAGCCAACUAAAUAUGAAUACGACCAACGAUAUGGUAUCUUGGAACUUUAAUUAGCAGCACCAUUGACCUCGCCUCGCGCGCUGCAUCGCAUUCCGGUCCGUCCCCCACUGGCCACUGCGGUAUUAAAGUCCAACGCUCACAACUAUAUUUAACACCAAAAACAAAAGUCCAAUAUUGAAACUUAAAUUUCCCAACCCCAAAAUUCAAUCAACUGAAAAGGAAGUCUAAUGCUAUGAAUUGAUGUGAUGCGCUGCUGCCGGCAGGACGUUUCUCAACCAAAGACUCUAUCUAAUUCUAUACUAUAUGUGUUGGUUAAUUACAUGUGUAGAUCAGGACCUUCUAAUGAAUUGCAGAGCUCUUGUUAAUUGGGAUAUAGUUCAAAUUAUUUUGUAAUUUUUGGAAUAUGACUAAUCCGUUGAGACUUUUUGUGCUAUUGUUUUUAACACAAAUAUGACUUCUAGCACAUAGACUCUAUCUAUACUAUAUGAGGCCGGAAACCCUCACUCAGGAAGAGGAAAAGCCCGACCGGUAGUGAUGCCAAUGGGACGGGGCGGGGCGGGUACCUCAAUUCCCAUGCCCUGUCCAACGCUACUACGGGUCGGGGCGGGUAAAACCCGCGCAGGUACGAGGCGGGGCGGGUCGACCCACUCUUACAUGUUGUUCAAAAAAAAAUACAAGUAAAUUUUACUUUUUAUAAUAAAACGUAGGAGAAAACACUUUAAGAUGAAAAAUAUUGAUAAUAGAAUGGAUAAUUGAGUCUAACAAGUUGAAAGAUCGACUCUAACUAGUUGAAGAAAAGUCAAAAUUGGAGAAAUAUGUAUAGAUAUUGUAAGAAAUUGAGAUAAAUGAGUCUAGAACGGGGCGAGGCGGGACAGGGCGGGUCGGAAGUAGAUACCCAUGCCCCGCCCCACGCUACUGCGGGCCGGAUAAUACCCGCCCCAUCGCGGGUCAGGUCGGGUAAUACCCGCGGGGCGGGUUGAAAUUGCCAUCAUUACCGACCGGGGAACUCAACACCGGACCGGGGAACGGGAACAUACGUACCCCCAGGCGAUUUAUCACUGGGGAAAUUGAGCAGGCGGUCGGGGAAAAAGGAACAGAAGUCCCCCCAAUAGGCGGGUUAAACCUGACCGCGUGAUUGCAGGGGUCCGACCGAUAUUUGGACCUGGGUGACGGAAUUUUAUGUUUUAACGUUAGUUUUUGGCGAAAUAUUGAUUUUUCUCUUGGUCUUGAGCUUUAGGCUUGAAUUUUUUUCCGUAUCAAUAAAGUUUUCGCCUUGAUUGUGGUCGAGAUUCUAUCUACUAUAUUGAUAGAGCCUUCUCCCGAUUUCGUAUUAAGAUUGCACUUUCAAUUCAUCCUAUUCAAAACAAAAAUCCUAAAAAGCUAUUUUUCUCUUCGUUCUUGAGGUUACUACGCGACUUUGAUAACUACGGGUACAAGAUCUGUGCUUGUAUCAUCGGGCCUCGAUUUUCUAAACCCAAAAUCAAAAUUUCGAUUUAAUUUAAUAGAAAACAAUAACUUAUUGUCGAGAUCACUCAGAACUCGUUGAGGAUCUUUAAAAUGAAUCCUUAGUUUCGAAGUGUGAUCCAACAAUACAUCUUUGGCUCAAGUCCUCAUUUGGUUUGGGAAGGAGUGAUAAUGAAAAGGUAUUUUGUGAAGAGGGUAUAGAACAAAAUCAGGCAUACGGAAGUGGAGAUCAGUCGGUAUAAACUGGUAUGGAGUAAGAAAAUUUUCCUUAAACAUGGUUUCUUUCUCACGAUGGCCAUUCAGAAUUGACUCACCACACAAGACAAGUUGAAGAUGCAGGGAAAACUUUAUCUGGAAUGUGGGUGUAAGUUUGACCCUAAAAACCCACUAACCCGUCUCAUUCUUCAGGGACGGGACUGGUCAAUUUGUCUAUAGGAUCAGUUUAGGGGUUGAUCAGCUUUUGACCAUAUAAGGAUCGGGAUGAGUCGGGACAACCUAGGGAUGGGUCACUUUUUGACCCUGUGACCCUUAGCAACAACAAAUAUCCCAUACCACAUUGGAACUCUUUGUAAAAGUUUUAAAAGUUUAGGUACUAAAUUGCAAAAAUAAAAAAAAUUGGGUACCAAAAUGUAAUUUUACCAUCAAAAUUUAAAGACUUAUUUGUAAAAAAAAAUUUAGAUACUAAAUUGAAAGAAAAAAUAAUUUUGGGACCAAAACGUAAUUUGUAAAAAAAGUAGUGUGUAGAUUAGUGUCGACUCACUGUCCCGCCCGAUCCCGAUUCGUCCCAUCCUUUGAGGGUCAGACAGAGUCAAGAAGGAGACAGGUACGGGUCAGUUAUACUGCCUAUACAUCUUGACUCUUCAAUGACGGAUCAGACUGGGCCAGGGAUGGGUCUGGGCAAUUUUCAAUACUAAAUUGUGCUAUAUGUGUCUGACACGCCUCUACCGUCACACUAGAAAGUGGUCAAGUGUAACAACCUACUAAUGCGUAGUAUAGUGGGUUUAGUUCUAAAUGUCAACUCGGGUCCUAGGUGUGAUGACUACUCCGUGAAGAUCUUAUUAUUUAGCGGUUCAAGUGUAGUGAAGGUCUAACUAAACUAGCAAGCAAUAGCAGUGAAAGUUGUGUUCAAAACUGAGAGAGGUCACCUAGAUAUGGUUCCCCCUAGACUGCAGUUAAGCCAAGUUGUAAUUCGCCAAGUUCAAGUUCAAUGAUAGUUAUACUGCGGGAGGUUCUUAGACAGUCUGCAAUCUCGACUAAAGGUCUCCAGACCCUCUCAAUCUUAGUCCCCAGCGGGCGACUAUCCUCCACCGGAGUAAACAGAUUGAGGCCCUAACAAACCAAACCUCCUCUACCGGAGUAAAUCCAGUACAAAAUAGAGAAUUGACUUCUCGACUAAAGUUGUCAAUUUACUACCUUCAAUCAAGGGUGCUCUAUCAACCUAGGCAGAUAUUCUCUUUCUAGGUCAAAGCAGGAAUAAUAGGAAUUUGAUCAGGAUUCAUGCAAUUCAGAAAAUCAAACCUCAAUUGAAUAUAAUCCAUAUCAAUGAAUUUGUACUUGGGUUCAUACAAUCAGACCUAACAUACAAUCUAGGGUUCUUCAUACCCAGGUGAGUGAGAGAGUUUACUCCAUAGAGAGAGAAGGAAAAUCUAGCUCAGAUGCAUAAAACAUGUUGUGAAGGAUGAGAUUUUGCUUCUGGUAAUCAAUCGGCACUUCUCCAAGCUUACGCCGAGCUCCAAUGGUGAUGAAGAUCGAUAUAGGGUGCUUGGAGACUCUGGUUCGUCGCUCUCUCUCUCUCUAGGUAUCUGCUUUCUUUCUCUAAAACUCGGAACCCUUGUAAAAUUGGCCUUCUUUCCCUCAAAAGGGAGCAGAUCGCGAUCCCCCGUCAUAAUACCCGGUCAGGUAUUUCAAGUGCCCGGCCGGAUAUAUUGAAACGCUACGCAUCAAAAAGGGCUUAAUACCCGAUCGGGUACUUUUGCUAUCCGGCCGGGAUCCCUUCUGGAAUUAUGGCGUCUAAAACAACUUUACUCGGCCUCCUCGUGCAUUUUACCCGGUCGGGUAUUUCAACUCCUGACCGGGUAUUUUCUUCUUCCAUCGCCCCUUCACUCCAACGUCCUUCUUUUUGACCCGAAACUCGUUUCCUCACCUCCACGUCAACGCCAAGUCCUGAAAUAUGACAUAAACGCACAACCUAGCGUGAAAUCGACUUAAAACACGAAAAUUGACUCUCAAACGGCUCAAGAAUGGUGGUAUAAACAUGUGCAAUUAAUGCUCUAUGCCUCUAUCAGUGUCCUGGAGGUAUUGAACGUUGUGCCCAUAUGUUUAUUCAAUGUUCCUUUACUCAUAAUAUACUGUUGUUGUGUCUGUAGUCUCUUGCCCCCUAUCUUACUUGAAUGGGAUGAUGUGGUAAACUGGUGUGUUAGGAACUUGGAUAAGAACACAAUCGAAGCCAAAAUUUGCAGGUUGAUCUGGUGUGUAUCAUUGAGUACGAUUGUGCGCGAAAAGGUGGAGUAGGAUGUAUAUGUAGAGUAGUAGUCGAUUAGGUAUUCCAGAUGGGGGAAAGUUAAUCUGCUAACUUGAAAGAUUCGUUAGCAGAUACUAACUUAUAUAAAAAAUACAUGAACUAAUAUCCAAGUACUAAAGUAUCUAGAGAGCACAUACUAGUAUUCAAAGUUUGCUAACUGAUAACCACCAUGAAUCAACUAUUAUCCCAAAUUCACAAAUUAAUAUCUAGACAACACAUAAUAUUAUCCAAACAGAACAUAAUUAUUAUCCAGAUAACACAGAAGAGUAUCUAGAUAACACAUAAGAGUAUCCAUAUUGAAUACUAGUUGGUUGAUUGUGGAUAUUAGUUGGUAUAUGUUAUUUGGAUACUAGUUUGUGAUGUUUUGAAUAGGGGUGGUAAACGGUAAUCCGGUAAACGGUUUACCGUUUUACCGAACUGGUAACCGGCGGUAAACGGUAAACCGUUUAUCGACGGUAUCGGCAGCCGAGCGAGAAGUUGGGGGAGUCAGUUUACCGGACACGGUAUCGGUAAAUACCGACGGUAAACCGGUAUUACCGAUACCGAAUCCCACCUCCCUACUCCUUAGUGCUACGCUACGUUUUGUUGCUUUACCCCCAAAAAUAUAAAAUAUUACAUACAUGAAUGUAAGUAUAGGCCUAAAAAAUAUUGUAAAUAAGAGUUAAUAAUAAAUUAUUAAUUACAAAAAUGAUGAAAAAAACUCAAAAAAAUCAAAAUAUUACAACAUCACCCCACUUCCAGAAAUUCGGUUCGGUAAACCGACCGAAAAACCGCCCAAAAUCGCUUCUCACGGUAUUUCGGUAAUACCGGUUUGUAACCGUUUACCGGUAAUUCGGUAAUCGGUAAACCGUUUACAAAUCGGUAUCGGUAAUCGGUAACCAGUUUGGCCAACUUCGGUAUACCGAAACCGGUAAAUUCGAUAAACGGUAAAUUGUUUACCGACCGAAUCCCACCCCUAGUUUUGAAUACUAGUCUGUGCUAUCUAGAUACUCAGCAGACUUGGAUAUUAGUUCAUACAUUUUGGAUAUUAGUUAGUAUAUACUAACGAAUUUUCAAGUUAGCAGAAUAACUAGGCUGCUCCAUAUGGGUCUAGAAGCAUUAGGAUCAGACUGGUAGUUUGUAUCCUUGGUAUAAAUUAUCUCUGAUAUAUAGUUAUUUUACAUCACACCGUGAUAGUUGUAUUUGGAAGUUUGAGAGACUCAAUCGCUUCUAGGGGUGGGCAACGGGACGGGACGGGAUACUCAUCCCGUUUGAAACGGGUACCCGUCCCGUUUGAAACGGGUACCCAAUCCCAUUUAGAGAGCAAUUUCCAUCCAAUUCCCAUUCCCAAACCCGUAAAUACCCGUUCUAUUGGUGGAAGAACUACAAAAGUUUUAACACACAAUUAAACAAACCCACCUAAAAUGAGAAGCUGGCACCAUCACUAUCAUGAACACACAAAUCACACAAUUAAGGAGAGUUUUUUUUUUUUUUUGACAAGGACAAUUAAGGAGAGUUAAAAGGCUAAUAUGAGAAACCUACAAACAAUUACACAAUAAAACAAACCUACAAAACCACAUAAUAUGAACACUAAAAGAGUGAAAGAGAAGCCGCCAAAACAGCAACAAAUUCUUUAGUUCUUUGGCUCCAAAACGGGAGUAUCACCUUCUUUGUUCUUUGACUCCAAAAUUCCAGUCGAAUCCCUUCUUUGCACUAAUGAGUUUUGGGCUUUUUGGACUAAUGGGUAUAACGGGUACUCGUAAUACCCAAACGGGUAUUAAUGGGUAACCCACGGAUACCCAAAGUAGUGAUUGUUGAUCUCAAAUCUCAUCCCGUUAAAAAAAUACGGGUAUUUGGGUACUCGUAACCCUUAAAAAACGGGACGGGUAAGGGUAUACCCAAAUACUCGUUUCCCAUUGCCCUUCCCUAAUCGCUUCCACAAUAUGAGAUUUCCUCAUUGGCGUCCAUUUCUCUAGAAUAUAUAUCCUCAAAAUGCAAAUGAAAGAGAUUCAACAAAAUCCGGUGAAAUGAAAGCCCUCCGUCUCUACUAGCGACUCCUUUCACUCCAAUUUAUCCUACACCAUCGCUUAGUGAUUCAAUCAUAGCAUCUAUUGUAACAUUGGCUACGAGAGCAGUAAGAGCUUCUCAUAGGGAGAAUCAAAUUCUAGUGUUAGUUUAAGAUUCCUCUCUUUGAUGGUGAAUGUCGAAUAAACUUAAUGACGUGUACGCUUAUUCUAUUUUGUUGUUUUAAUACCCACUAUUUUGAGUUCGUUUGCCUACCUGAAUUCAACUUCAUCUUAAGAAGCUAUGAGGGAUCUUUCGGAAUAAGAAUAAUAAUAGAAAGAAAAAAAUCAAAAAAUAAUUUGGAGCUCAAUUGUCAUACAAUAGUAAUAAAAAGAAAUGAUAAAAAAUGAAAUAGAAAAAUGAAAUGAUUUGUUUUAAAAACAAAUUCAAAAAAGAAGAAAAAAGAUUUAUUGGAUUGUGAUGUGCACUAUUUCAAUGACAAGGUUGUCAACUUGCAGGUCGACCUCCUAGUUGAUCCAGAUUGAUUCUUGAUUCGGUGAGAAAAACGGAUGCCACACACCUGCGGGUUGACCUGUUAUAAGGUUUUUGGGGUUGAAUGUUACACGACGUCGUUUUUCUCUUUGGUAUGCGAAUUACGCCUUUUUCAUCCUUUUCUUUCUUCUAACCCUACUUUUAUGCGAAUUGGGAUGGCACUAGUGUCACAUCACCCACCCAAAAUUAUAGCUUAGUUUGGCCCUGUUGUAGCUUUUGCAGAAGCAGCUUCUAGCUGGAGCUUUUAGAUAAGUACUUUUAAAAAAAAAGCAGUUGAGUGUUUGGCUGUAAAACAAUUAGAAGUGUUUUUUAAUAUAAGAGGUUGUGUAAAAUGACUAUAAAGGACUUAUAAUAUAAAAUAUGAAUAAAAAUUCUAAACAAGAAAAAGUAGUAAAAAAAGAUCUUGUUAGAUUUCUUUUAUAUUAAAUAAUAUGAUUUUAUAAUUUAUUUUAUUUUUAAAAUGAUAUAAAUGAAGGAAAAUUAUAUUUUCUGAAAUAAAAUUAAAAGAUGGUAAGGAUAAUCUUGUAUUUUCAAAACAGCUUUUCGCCGAAGCUCCAAAUCGGAGCUUCUGCUUUUAUGUUAUACAAAAGAAAAGCCGAGCUUUUACAGGUGUUUGGGGGAGCGGAUAUGGUGACAACGCCAUAUUUGUUGUUAUUGUAACAACACUAGUCUCCAACCAAUAGGAACCUAGGGUUAUGAUGACUUUUUAUUAGCUUAGUUGACCUAGUGUAAAAUCAAAACAGGGGUAUAAUUGUCAUUAUGAAAAUAUAUUCAAAUAAUAAAAAAAUAAAACAUAUUCUUUUAUUUUCUGCCCAAAAUUGUGGUCGCCGAAAUUCUGCCACCGAUCGCCGGAAACAGGUUGUCGAUCACCGGAAUAUGCUUUUAGUCACCGGAAUAUACUAUUUGUCGCCGGAAUAUGCUGUCCGGCGUCGGAAUAUGCUUACAGGCGUCGGAAUAUGCUUACCGGGGUCGGAAUCUAAUCAUCGGGGCCGGAAUAUACUUAUCGGCGUCAGAAUCUGCUCACUGACGGUCAUCGGAGUUUGGUCAACUGUUUUCGUUGACCGGUCAACGGUUUUCAUUGACCGGUCAACGAUCACCGGAUGUUAUGGUUAGCAUUGUGAGAUUUAUGGUUUGGUUUCUCAUAUUUUUUUAUGCCUUUUGUGGUUUGCUUUAUUGUGUUUGUGGUUUGCAUUGAGAAGUUUCUGGUUUGCUUUCAAAACCUUUGUGGUUUGCAUUGUGAGGUUUUUUGUUUGUUUUAUUGUAUUUGUGGUUUGCAUUAGGACGUUUAUGGUUUUCUUUUUUUUGUGGUUUGAUUUACUGUGUUUGUGGUUUGCAUUAGGAGGUUUCUGGUGUGUUUUCGCAAAUGUUGUGGUUUGUUUUAGGAGAUUUGUGGUAUGCAUUAGGAGGUUUCUGGUUUGCAUUAAGAAGUUGCUGGUAUGCUUUCAAAAUAUUUGUGGUUUGGUUUGUGAAGUUUGUGGUUUGUUUUAAUAUAUUUGUGGUCUGCAUUAUGACGUGUUUGGUUUGUUUUAUCGUGUUUGUGGUUUGUAUUAGGGAGUUUCUGGUGUGCUUUAGAAAUAUUUCUGGUUUGCUUUACCGUGUUUCUGGUAUGUUUUAGACAAUUUAUGGUCUGCAUUAGGAGGUUUCUAGUAUGUUUUUGAAAUAAUUGUGGUAUGCUUUGUGAGGUUUGUUAUUAUAUCCGACGUUCUUACUAGAUGAAUGGAAUUAGUAACAAUAAUUAGUAAUGUGUAUACUUACCAGGUUCGUAUAUAUAAUUACAUAGUUCUCUCUUAAUUAAUUAUGUUUUACCACAUAAUUAAUUCCUGUCUCUCUAAUUCGUUUUAAAAUAACCCGUUCGCAAGGGAGAAUGGAAUCAGAAAUCGAUGAUGAAGGGAAAGGUGUCCUUUCGAGUGAACUUCUGCACGAUCAGUUUCAGCCUGCAGCUCCACAUUGGUCCCUGUCACAGACCCAUCAAAAAUGGCAACCUCGCCUCCAACUUCCUUACUAAUCUUCGCAUUGCUCAGCGUAAAACCUUUCCACUUGUUUUCAUCCAUCAGUAUCUCGUACAAAUCCGUUGCCCUGCAGCUGAAGUCACCCCAUCUACAAAAAUUUUAUAUAUAUAUAUAUAUAUAUAUGGGUCAGACUGGUGUGCUCCAGGCGUAUACUAUACUCCAGCCUCCCCACACCGUUGAUAUAAUCUGACGGUCAUUAUAAAUAUUAAUUAAAUGAAUUAUUAAUUUGUAAUUAAAGUUUCUAUUUAGGUCCCUUAAAAAUAUAUACGUUCCGCUUAGUCCUAAAAAAAAAGUUUGCCACUACUUUGAAUAUUUAAGUACCCUAAUUCAACUAUUUAUACAUUUAAAUACCCUAAUAUUAUAAUAUUAUAAAACUUUAAAACUACUAAACCAGAAGCCAUUUAUAUUUAUACAUUUACCCAAAACCAGAAGCCAUUUAUUCCCCAAGAAGAACCCUUCCGACACGCCAUUGCUACAGAGAAACUCCACAGGAAGAAAGACCUCUCUGGUUGCCGACGGUAUCCCAAAUUCCACCUUCCUCUAACAAUCAAAAAGCCCGACCCAAAAACAAAAAUAUCAAAGCGUAAACGGUAAACAUAGAAAAAAUAAAUCCACAGGCUAGAGGAAAAGAGAGCUCAAUCUCCUGGGAGGGAUGAACGAGACCCCCCUCGUUGUUCGACACGAUUGCUAAGCAAUCUCCAUCCGUUUCUCCUCUUCGGCGCUUCGAAAGAGUCAAAGACCAACAAGCAUCGUUGUGUUCAAAGAAUGUAAGAUAUUCUCCUUACCGAAAACUCUGGUGGCAAGAAACAAAGUUCCACAUUCUCCUUCAUCAAUUGUUGAUGACUUAGAUAGCUGCAAACCAUUGUCACCACCUAAGACACACAGUUCAAAGAGAUUACAUUCGUAUUAGUUAAAAUUGUCAAACAUGUAAAUGAAGCUUACAUCAUCUUUUAACGCCUUCCUCGGACAAAGGCUAAUGAAAUCCUUUCGUUGUC